AAGAGAGCGGAAGAAGACGGAAGAAGGACGCCAGGCUACAACCUGCUACGAAUAGUUGCUAAUACUUGGAGCGGAAAAAAGGAUCAAUAUGGCUGAUGAUUUUGACGUUGAGGCCAUGCUGGAGGCACCAUACAAAAAGACUUCCCUAAUGAUAUCUCACCUCUACUCCCAUGAAUUCAUCUUUGAUUCCACUGUGAACUGUGAAAAAAAAGGAAGGUAGUUAUUGCGCAUAUACUGAUGUACUGUGGUUCACUUUAGGACUAAAAGAGAUUGAACCUAGAACAUCCAAUCCCUAUUCGGUUGCAACAAGGUGAAUGCCAAUGGUUGAUGAGCCCAUCUUUUAGCUGUCUAGGAGGCAGUAUUCAGAUUUACAAUCUGCACCUUUAAGCUGUUCCCUACCAUAAAUUGAAUUCAAACUUCUCAUUUUGUUUUGGGCCAAAUAUUCUGUAUUGUGCUUUCAUCAAAAAAAGUCUUGUAACUAUUAUGUUAUUUUAUCCAAUUCUCUGAAGUUGCGCUCAUGCAUAACUUCAAAUUAUAAAUGACCCUUAUAUUGUAUUUAAAAUGUAUGUUUUUUUUAUUCAACCCUCUGAAGCUUUGCUCACAUGCAUAACCUCAGAUUACUAAUACACAUUUAAUUGCAUUUUUUAACUGCAGAGAAGAUUUUGGUAUGUCUUAAAUCCUGAUAAUGAAUCCAACAGCGUUUAAUGGUGUAAACAUUUGUACAAUGUUCUAGUCUUGCACUGUAAUGUGGAUAUAUAUACUUCACUUUUUGGUAAAUAUGAAUACUGUCUCUUUGCCUUAGACAGCUGUAAUGUGAAAUCAACAUCUUGAGUUUAUUGCAUGCUACACAACAUAUAUAUUGAUAUAUUAGUAGAAUGAGUGUAAAAUACCUUUUUUAUCUAGUAUUUCUUUUACAAAACUAUGUAUAUACAGUAAUUAAUUCCAUCUGAAGUCAAAAAAGUUGUAAGUAUUAAUAAUGCAAACUACAUAUGAUGAUAUUGUAACAGGUGGCUGAUUUAUUUUUUUUUAUUUUUUGGGCGUCAAUAUUACUAAGAAGUGUGAAUCCCUGUUUGCUUCAGGGCAAGAUGUGACAGAGGUGGCAUCGAGCUCUUACAGUCCAAGAACGAAAAUGGGUGAAGAUCACUGGACUGACACCAACCACACAGGAUCUCUUUUAGUGGCCAUGGGCCAUGCGUGGUCACAUGAUUAGGCACAAAUAGUGGCAUUGGUACGACCUGUUAGAGGGGAAAUGGUGGAGAAGACCUGACUGUUGUCUUCCUGAACUCUGCUAAUGUGUUGGACACUCUUCCUUAACUUUGCAUUGUUGCAUUAAGUGUUGAGCAGCUAUGUAAAGACGUAAGACAGGAGUGGGAUGGGAAGCUAUUGGGGUCAUGGAAACACACUGUCCAGACUUGAAAGAUGAGAACAAGUCCUCUCAUGCAAAUGGACAUGAUGAUCACAACAAGAAGAAGAGGAGGAGCAGGAGCCGGAGCCCUGGCUCAAAGAAGAAGAAAAGCAAAAGUAGGAGCAGGAGUAGAGACAGAAAGAAGACUAAGAAGAGGAGCAAGAGCCGAGAAAAAAAACGUAGUCGCAGCAAAGAACGCCAUAGAAGCCGCUCCCGAAGCAAGGAGCGACCUGGGCGGUACAAAUCACGAAGAAGCCCAGUCCGGAAACGAUCAAGAAGUCGAAGCCCUUUUAAAAAAGAGAGGAGUCCUGUCAGACAACCAAUUGACAAUCUAACACCAGAAGAGCGGGAUGCUCGAACAGUUUUCUGCAUGCAGCUUGCUGCAAGAAUCAGAGCUCGAGACCUGGAAGAUUUCUUCUCAGCUGUUGGAAAGGUCAGAGACGUGCGAAUAAUCUCUGACAGAAAUUCCCGGAGAUCAAAGGGUAUUGCAUACAUUGAAUUUGUGGAUUCGUCUUCUGUACCAUUGGCAAUUGGCCUCACUGGACAAAGGCUUUUAGGAGUGCCCAUCAUUGUUCAGGCCUCUCAGGCAGAGAAAAAUAGAGCUGCAGCUGCAGCCAAUAACCUACAGAAGGGCAGUGCUGGGCCAAUGCGACUUUACGUGGGAUCGUUACACUUCAACAUCACUGAAGAAAUGCUGCGAGGGAUCUUUGAGCCCUUUGGAAAGAUUGAAGGAAUCCAGCUCAUGAUGGACAGCGAGACUGGGCGUUCCAAAGGAUACGGCUUCAUAUCGUUUGCAGAUGCAGAGUGUGCAAAAAAGGCAUUGGAGCAGCUGAACGGCUUUGAGCUGGCCGGGCGUCCCAUGAAGGUGGGGCAUGUUACGGAGCGCUCAGACUCAUCAACAGCAAGCUCAUUCCUGGAUAAUGAUGAACUUGAGAGGACUGGUAUUGAUCUAGGGACAACAGGGCGUCUACAGCUUAUGGCUCGACUAGCAGAAGGAACUGGUCUGAAGAUCCCUCCUGCAGCUCAGCAGGCUUUACAGAUGACUGGGUCUAUGCCCUUUGGAAACAUUGCUGGUCCACCAGUUCCAGCUCCAGCUCCAAGCCAAGCCUUGAACCUCCCAUCACAGCCGCUGGCCACACACUGUCUUCAGCUGUCCAACCUGUUUGACCCACAAGCAGAAAAUGAUCCGAGCUGGGCCUAUGAAAUCCAGGAUGAUGUGAUUGAGGAAUGCAACAAGCACGGAGGAGUUGUUCAUAUCUACGUUGAUAAGAACUCUGCUCAAGGUAAUGUGUAUGUGAAGUGUCCCUCAAUACCUGCAGCAAUGGCAACUGUAAACGCACUUCAUGGACGCUGGUUUGCAGGUAAAAUGAUAACUGCUGCCUACGUUCCCUUGCCGACUUAUCACAACCUUUUCCCAGAUUCAGUAACGGCAAAGCAGCUUCUAAUGCCUUCACGUCGAUAGUCGUAUGUUUUGCAGAGUCAGUGUAAAUACACAUUUGCGUUCAUGGAACUGUCAUUUGAAACGGAUGCAUUGAAAUUAGUUUACCGUAUGUAAUAAAAGUGGCCUCAUAUUCACAAUUGAUUUUUUUUUUUCUUUUUUUUUUUUCCCCCCUCUUAAAUUGAUUUUCACACUUUGAGUUUGUGUUGUCAGCUACCAUUGAGAAGUAAUCUGCAGGAAUCCUACCUGUCUGUAUGUUUUUAAAUAUUAUCUUACCUGCUUAUUCAACAAUUUUAAAUUUAGAGGUACAGAAAUGUGCUGGGUUAUUAGGCCUUAAAUGCCAAACGUUUAUCAAUGUCAGCAAUAUUCAGUUGUUACUUUUUAUUGCCAUAAUUUCUGUUUUUGUACAAACUUUGACAAACUUUCUUCAGAUUCAGUCUAGGUUCAAUUUGAAAUUUCUCCGUGAUUAAAGUCUUAAUUACAGCA